AACCUAUAUAAAUGCUCUGACUUGCACUUGGGGUUAUAGUAAGGCGAACAGAGUGCCUGCUUAAAUUGUUGGCUUGAAAGAGGUUUAAAUAGCAAUGGAGGCUUUGAGUGCAGCCAACACUGGUUUUUCCAUCGAUUUUUUCAAACACGUGUGCAAGACGCAAAGCUAUGGGAAUGUCCUAUUUUCUCCAUGGAGUAUUUCAUUGGUUAUGGCCAAUGUGUACCUGGGAGCCAGAGGCUGUACUGCUGAGCAGAUUGCAGAGGUGUUUCACUUCAGCAAAGCUGAGAAAACUGAGAUUGCCCAUAGAACAAGACAUCCACGUGUCUAUUCCAAAAUGGAGGAGCUUUUAUAUAAUCCUUGUAUAGCCCUUCUGAAGCCCCCCUUUGAGACUGCAAGCAACAUUCAUGCAAGAUUCCAGGCACUUAGCCAAGAAAUCUACCAACCUACAAAACAUUUCAUACUUAGAAGCGUCAAUCAACUAUAUGGAGACACAUCAGUGCCUUUCCGAAAAGAAUUCCUACAGUCAGUGAAGAAAUAUUAUAAUGCAGCACCACAAACAGUUAACUUUCAAGAAGCUGCAGAGGAGAUCAGAAAUGAGAUCAAUUCUUGGGUCAAACACCAGACAGAAGGUAAAGUACAGAACCUGUUAGAUGAGGGAUCCAUUGAUUCUCUUACCAAGCUGGUUUUGGUUAAUGCACUGUACUUCAGAGGAAACUGGUCCAAGACGUUUAAGAAAAAUGAUACGACAGAACAGCCUUUCCGACUGAACAAGACCACAAGUAAACCAGUAAAGAUGAUGUUCCAGCAUGAUAAAUUUAACUGGAACUACAUAAAUGAUGUACAGACUCAUAUUCUCGAGCUCCAGUAUGUUAAUAAUGAACUCAGCAUGUUUAUACUGCUCCCUGAAGACAUCAAUGAUGGUAGCACUGGCCUGGAAAUGCUAGAAAAGGAGCUAACUUAUGAGAACUUAUCCAAGUGGACUAGCCCAGAAGAAAUGGAAGAAGUUGAAGCAAAUGUGUAUCUGCCUAGGAUCCAAUUAGAAGGCCACUAUGGGCUGAAGUCAACUCUGAGCGGGAUGGGCUUAACAGAUGCCUUCAGUGCAAACCACGCUGACUUCACUGGGAUGUCAGAGAAAAGAAUGCUGGCUCUGUCAGAAGGUUUCCACAAGUGCUUUGUCGACAUUACGGAGGAGGGCACCGAAGCUGCUGCUUCCAGCGCUGUUGAUAUAUCCGCACGAAGUGACCAGGGUGCCCUUUUGUUUGCAGCUGAUCACCCUUUCCUCUUUUUCAUCAGGCACAACAAAACCAAAAGCAUCCUCUUCUGGGGAAGGUUCUGUUCCCCUUAAAAUAUUUCAAGUUUCUGUUAGGAAACAGGAAGGAUCUUGCAGUGGUACAAACAUUCACAACAUGGGGAUAGUUUGCCAACGUAUUUCUAAAUACAGUAGAGUGGUUUUCUUCCAUUUCCCUGUAUGUUUGCAAAAUGACAGAGUGCAUAAGGCAACUGAUAAACUCAGCAAGAUGUCAAGUCACUUUCCAAAAAGAAAAUACUUCAAAACCACAUGAGAUUGUCAAUUGUUAUGGUUAUUUCUGCUGUGUCUCUUUGUAAAUAACAUUUUUAAUAUUUAUAUGAACAUUUAUAUGAAUAGUAGGCUGUUCAGAAUUAAAUGAAUUUUUUAAAAGUA